AUGUGGACCACGACUGUGCAGUGCAUUAGGGAAUCCACGAGAGAGGUAUUAGGGGUCUCAAAGGGUUACUCUGGUUGUUACAAGGGAGACUGGUGGAAUAGAGGUGCAAGGAAAAGUGGAAACCAAAAAAGCACGUAUCUGAAGCUAGUGGAAAGUGUAGACGGGGAGGAGAAGAGGGCGAAUAGAAAGCAUUAUAAGUUGGCUAAGAAAGAAGCAAAGCUAGCAGAUACGGCAGCCAAGAAUGCAGCUUUUAGUCGUUUGUAUGAGGAACUCGAGGGCCGAGGUGGGGAUAAGAGGUUAUUCAGGUUAGCCAAGGUGCGAGAAAGGAAGGCGCGUGACUUGGACCGAGUGAAGUGCAUCAAGGACGAAGAAGGUAGAGUUUUGUUGGAUGAGGGGCUUAUCCGUCGGAGAUGGCAGACCUACUAG